AGGGAGCAGCAGUCCCUAGCCUGGCUGUGGAUCUGGUCGCAUUGGGUAGGUCCAGCCAUGGCUCCUCCGGGGUUGGGAGUCGCCCAGGGUCCUGGACGACGUGCAGGACGCUGAGUGGGACACAAAGACAGACACCUCAGCUCCUGAAGAGGCCAGAACACAAAGGGGGCCAACAGUGGGCGGAGCAUGCUCAGCACCAUGAGCCCCCGGCUGUCACUGCUUCUGCUGAGGCUGCUUUUGCUUGUCAAUGCAGCGCACACUGUUGGAGCUCUGCCCCGAUUGUGUGAUGUGCGGCGUGUGCUGCUAGAGGAACGGGCCCAGUGUCUGCAGGAACUCUCCAGAGAGAAGAAAGGAUCUCUGGGUCUGGAGACAGCAUCAGGCUGUGAGGGGCUUUGGGACAACAUGAGCUGCUGGCCCUCCGCUGCACGGGCACAGACGGUGGAAGUGCAGUGUCCGAAGUUCCUGCAGAUGCUCUCGGGCAGAAACGGGUCUCUGUUCCGGAACUGCACACAGGAUGGCUGGUCAGAAACCUUCCCCAGGCCUGACCUGGCCUGUGGGGUCAACAUGAACAACUCCUUUAAUGAGAGACGGCAUGCAUACCUGCUGAAACUCAAGGUCAUGUACACCGUAGGCUACAGCUCCUCCUUGGCCAUGCUCCUGGUCGCCCUCAGCAUCCUGUGCUCCUUCCGGAGGCUGCACUGCACUCGCAACUACAUCCACAUGCACCUGUUCGUGUCCUUCAUCCUGCGCGCCCUGUCCAACUUCAUCAAGGACGCGGUACUCUUCCCCUCAGAUGAUGUCACCUACUGUGAUGCCCACAGGGUGGGCUGCAAGCUGGUCAUGAUCUUCUUCCAGUACUGCAUCCUGGCCAACUAUGCAUGGCUGCUGGUGGAGGGCCUCUACCUUCACACGCUCCUUGCCAUCUCCUUCUUCUCAGAGAGGAAGUGCCUGCGGGCCUUUGUGCUCUUCGGAUGGGGUUCUCCAGCCAUUUUUGUCGCUUCGUGGGCUGUCACCAGGCUCUUUCUAGAGGACACUGGAUGCUGGGACAUCAACUCCAACGCUGCCAUCUGGUGGGUCAUCCGAGGGCCUGUGAUUCUGUCCAUCCUGAUCAAUUUCAUCUUCUUCAUAAACAUUCUAAGAAUCCUGAUGAGAAAACUUAGAACUCAAGAAACAAGAGGAAAUGAAGCAAACCACUACAAGCGCCUGGCCAAGUCCACCCUGCUGCUCAUCCCCCUCUUCGGCAUCCACUACAUCGUCUUCGCCUUCUCGCCGGAGAACGCCAUGGAGAUCCAGCUGUUCUUUGAACUGGCCCUGGGAUCCUUCCAGGGGCUGGUGGUGGCUGUCCUUUACUGCUUCCUCAAUGGUGAGGUGCAGCUGGAAGUUCAGAAAAAAUGGCGCCAGUGGCAUCUCCAAGAGUUCCCGCUGCGCCCUGUGGCCCUCAGCAACUCCUUCAGCAACGCCACCAACGGCCCCACCCACAGCACCAAAGCUGGCCCUUCUGAGCAGAGGCAGAGCGGCCCCAUGGCCAGCGUCAUCUGAGGCUGCAGCAAGGCUCCAGAGGACAAAGGGUUGGAUGUCCGGUAGGACCGCCAUCUGCCUGAUAGCCAUUUUGUGCUCAAGCGGCUGAACAGGCCUGUCCCCUAGGUCUGAGCUUCCUCGGAGAUCAAGCAAGAGGAGACUAGGUCAUCAUGGAGCAGGAAACAGGCCUGUGAGUUGGUCUUUCUUGUUCUUCUAAGAAGAGCAAUCCA